AUGCAUACAAAAAGUCAUAUAAAAUUAUAUUUGAAUAAAUAUUAGGUUUUUAAAAUAUUAAAUAUAAGUGAAGGCAUUUAAUUAGUGCGAAAUUCAUGCUCCAUAAUUAUUUAAACUAACUUCAAAUUGGAUUUAAUCUUAAGAACUGCUUAUUAUAUUGCUUAAUUGAAGAUAUUAAUUAAUAGUUUAGUUAACAUUUGCGUCUUUGUAUUUAUAAACUAGCUCUAAGCCAUAGAAGUCUAAGCUUAACGCUUCCUGUAUUAAUUAUUUUAGCUCAACAAGCCGCGUUUAAGGAUGGAGGUUUAAUCUUAAAAACCGAUUAGCAAAUGUAAAAACUAAUAUCAAAGUAAUUGA